AGAUCCACCGACGACGCGACUGCCGACUGGUACGGUAGGUGUGUCGAUCGUCGGUGCAGCGCUAUUGUUAAGACCAGAGGCAGAGCGCUGGAAAAAACAGUGUAAGAAAGACGUUUUUCGGUGAAAACGAUAUUGAAAUUUAUCGUUUCAGCUGUUUCGCAAAUAUCAUGACAAUGCAACCACACAAUAUGGAUCCGAGGCUUCCUUUGAAAAUUCAAGAAAAUGUAACGGAUUUAGGAUCUCUUGCCCGACAAGUGUUGAGAAGCUCAAAAUCCAGUGAAAUGUUGCUUCAUGCGGCCAAGAAUUUUGCUUCGCAGGAAGGAACAGUGGAGAGCUCAUUACAGACACUCAAGAAAAUGGAUAUAUUAGCAUCCCAUUUGAGGUUUCAGGCAGAGGCGAUUGAAAGAAAUGUUGAAGUGAUGGAUAAUCUUCAAGAUCAAUUGAGCACACUCCAAAGGUGACAAUCAACCAAUCAGGAUUCUCCAGAGACCCAGUCAUCUGGGACGUCACCUCCGCAAGUUACUUGAGAUUGUCGUAUCAUGGAAACAGCUGCAUAGGAACUCUCUGAAUGCUCAUGGAGUCUAAUGUCGUUUAGGUUUCUACAUCCAUUUGCGGCUAUUGUGAAGCUCAAGUUGGUUUUCAUGUCCAAAAGGAGCUUUUUACUUGAAGUCUGGUUUGAACUGUGUAACUUGCUUACCGCUACUGUGUUUCAUAUUUUUACUGAAGAACAGAGUUGUGAAGUUCAAGUUGGUUUUCAUGUCCAACCAAAAUGAGCUUGUAAUUUGAAGUCUCGUUUUAACUGUGUAACUUGGUACUUUGUGGGGUGUUUGAGAAUCAGAUGGCUUUCAGUUUUGCUUGUGAGAAGAUAUGAACUAAAAUGAUCUUUCAUUAAAAAAAAAGGAACAUGAUCAAUCGACGUCAAGAACGUUUGUUGCACUGGUACUCCAGUAUAAAGGCACCAAACGCAGAGAAUCAGUGCUGCAUCCAAUUCCUCUUUUAAAAGUUUAUUCAACAAACUUUGUGGAAGGAAAUAUUUUCCCUCACAGAUGAUAUGGCAAAAGAUUGUCGGUAGAUUUUUUUUAAAUCAGAUGAUCUUGAAUUCAUAUAGGAUCAUUAGUCUUUGUAGAUGAAUAAUGUUGAUUGAUGGUAUCAUGUUACAUGAAGGUGAUGGUUUAUGUACAUUAUAACCAUACAUCCCAUGCAGAUGAACAUCACAAUGCAAAAGUUUAAAUGAUCAAAAUGCAUUUAUUUAUUUCUUAUCAAGUGUCAAUACUUUCCAUCAAUAUCCUGAACAAUCAUAAAAAAAAAAAGAUUUACAUGUUAUUUAAGUAUAAAACAUAUUUCUUCAACAUUUGUGUAUGCGUAAUGGUGACAAAAAGACUUUCAUUAAAAAAACAACCUCUGGCAACAGUACAUUUAUAUGAUUUAGUUAUGAUAUGCACCUCCC